AUGUUAACUCCAUAUUUCAUUAAUGAAUCUUUUAUAGAUUAGCUUUUUAACUAAAAUCCGGUAUCUCUACUCAUAACAAGAAUUUAACCUGGACGAGUUGGAUUUGGUAAUGGGAUAAUAAAAGGUGAAAAUUUUAAUUUUUAAAUCAGAAGAUUAAUAUCCUUUACUUAUCAAAAUUAGAAGAAGUAUAUAGUUUAUAAAUUAGAAAUUAUUAUUAAUUGUCAUUUUCAAAACAAUUUACAAGAUUUUCAAUGUUUUUUUAAAAUCCUAAGUCCUAAGAAUCAUACUAUUUUGCAGGAUUUCGUGUAUUUCCACAUAAUUCCUUUUCAGCAUUUAUUGGAAACACUAAAAACAAAGGAUAUUUAGUUACAAAAUAAUAUUUAGAUGUGAAAAUAUUGAAUAAUUACUGUUUAUCAUAUUUUUUAGAUGCCCUAAAAAUAUCAUAAAAUUUUUUAAGUUAAGCUACAAUAAGAAUUUUUUAUCCAAACUUUGCUGAAAGUGACAUACGAUUAAGAACUGUUUGGAAGGAUAGAUAUUUAAUUAAUAUGAAAUAUGAUAAACAGCCAUAAAUAGAAAUGGGUUUAGCAUUACCAUUAUCUAAUUCACUCUAUUUUAGUGUAAUUUCUAAUAUCUUUUUUAAUGAUUAAAGAAUUAACUAAAUUACUUAAUUUACAUAGCAUUAUAAAGGAUUUAUAACAAAAAUGGGAAUAGAAAGUAAUUUCGUAAACCGAAUAUCAACAAGCCCUUAUAUUUAGUUUGAAAUGGUUUUAAAUUAAGAUCCUUGGUAAUUAUUAUAAUUCAUUUAUAUUUAUAUAGUAUUAUUCUUAAAGGUCAAUACAAAAAUUAAAAGCCAAGCCUUUAGAUUAACUUUGAAUGUGAUUCUUUAAAAGAAAAAUGA